GGUGCGGCAAGCGGCCCCUCUGCCUCGCGCCAGGCCGGGCGGAACCGGAAGCCGGCCCAGGUUGAGGAGGGAAGGGCGGCGGCGAAGGAGGAGGCGGCUGAGGCUGAGUCUCCCUCAUGGCGCUGAACCUGAGCCGGAACGGGCCGGCGCUGCAGGAGGCCUAUAGCCGAGUAGUGGCCUCGGGAAGCCCGACCGACUGGGCUCUAUUUACUUAUGAAGGUAACAGCAAUGACCUGAGAGUGGCUGGGACUGGAGAUGGUGGCCUGGAGGAGAUGAUAGAAGAACUAAAUAGUGGGAAAGUGAUGUAUGCUUUCUGCAGGGUUACAGCUCCCAAUUCUGGCUUGCCCAAAUAUGUGCUCAUCAAUUGGUUUGGUGAAGGAGUUAAUGAUGUGAGAAAGGGAGCCUGUGCCAACCAUGUCAGCUCUGUGGCAAACUUCUUGAAGGGUGCUCAUGUAACGAUCAAUGCUCGGGCUGAUGAGGAUGUGGAGCCAGAAGCCAUCAUGGAGAAAGUGGCUAAAGCUUCAGGAGCAAACUACAACUUUCACAAAGAAGGCAGCAAAUUCCAGGAUGCCGGCCCUCAAGCACCAGUAGUGCGUGCUUCUCUUGACCAACAGGGCUCGGUCUACCAGAAAACGAAUGCCAUGUCUGAGAUCAAAAGAGUCAGCAAAGAUAGCUUCUGGGCCAAAGCAGAGAAAGAUGAAGAAAACCGAAGGCUAGAAGAAAAAAGGAAAGCAGAACAGGAACACAAACGUCUGGAAAAAGAACGCCGUGAGCGGGAAUUGCAGGAAGCAACUUUACGGGAGCAAAGAUUUAAGGCGCGGGCCAGUGAGAUUGAUGCUCAGAAGAAAUUCCAGCAACAACAGGAAACAGAAUCAAGGAACAAAGAUAAACAACAAUGGAAGGAACAGGAAGAAGAGCACAGCAAGCUGCAGAAGGGUUUCCGUAGGAGUGAGUCUGUGGAGAAAGCGCAGGAAGCAGCAUCACUAAUAGCUCAAAGAUCAAUGAAUCCUCGUGAUAUCUUCAAACAAAAGGAGAGGUCCAUGUCUACAGAAGGAGCAGCCAUCAGUUCCCAGCCAGGCAAGUUACGAAGCCCCUUUCUGCAGGAGAACAAUCACAUGGAGACUCCUGCAUCCCCUGUCCAUCCUGCUGUUCAAGAGGUUCACUCUCCUCCUGUGGUUCACUCAUCUGUACAUGACACGCCUCCAGUCUCUCCUGCUCCUGAAACUGGUGAUUCUGUCAGACAGAAUAACUACACACCAGCUGCUCCUGUCUACCAGCCAGAAGUGACACAUGAUGCGGUGUAUGAAGAGCCCCCCAGUGAACGAGUUAUUUAUGAUGAGCCACCUGAGGAACAGUCUGAAGAUAGUAAAUAUGACUACACUGAUGUCUAUCAACAAAAUGUAAAUCUUGAGGGAAAAGGUUUAUGUGCUCGAGCUCUAUAUGACUAUCAAGCUGCUGACGACACUGAGAUCUCUUUUGACCCUGAGAAUAUUAUCACCAAUAUUGAGAUGAUUGACGAGGGCUGGUGGCGCGGUUAUGGCCCCGACGGCCACUUCGGGAUGUUCCCUGCCAACUACGUGGAACUUAUUGAGUAGCAGGCCACGCACGGAGGGAGAACACGAGCAAUACUUGAAAGAAUGACUCUUUAUCAGAUCCGAUUCUUUGAGGUGAAAUUGUGUGUGGCUUUUAAAGGGUAACGUGCCAUUGCUCUGUGCCCUGUAGCACUAUCUCUACCAGCCCAGUGAUGCAGAACCAUUUCUUUGCCUUCUUUUGAUUUUCAGGUGAAAAUAGGAAAUCAGUCUUGGCAGUAAAUAAUAGUUUCCUUCUCCUUGGGCUAAAGGCAUUGGCCUAAAAUAUCCUUUCCAGACACAGUGGGACCAAAUUAUUUUCUGAACAUGGAGUAUUCAGGAGAUAGGAAUGGCUUAAGAAAAGCAGAAGGGUUUUCUAACUCAGGCAGAUUGCCAUUCAAGUAAAAUUGCAGCUUUCUGAGAUAACAUAAGGCAUAUUUUAAAAAAUGCCUGUUUCACUGAGCAACAUGUUAAUAUUUAGCCCUAUCGUCCGCAACCCACUUAAACCAGAAGUUUGCCUUGGAGGAAAUAGAUUGUGAGUUCCAGCUUUUUGAGACCCAGCCUUCUGGCGGCUGCUCAGGGCGAGUCCUGAUGGAUCUGCGCAAGGUUUCUGCCGUAUUUUUGUGCAACUCCCUUCUAUUUCAGUGAGUAAAUUUUCAAUGGAAAAGCGUGCCCUCAAACCCCAUCCUUUGUGUGAGAAUCAAACUGCUUGGAUUUUAAAAGCUUGGAUGUUUGAGUGAAUUCUCCCCUUGCUUUAGAGCAAAAGCUUUCCGCUCAAAUUUCUUGAAACAUGGGUCCAGACACAAAUACCAGGGAGGCAGGCAAUAAACAAAUGCCUUGAAACAGUCCUAGCUUUGAAGUGUGGUGGGCAAUGCUUUAAAUAGAGAAAGCUCGCAUGUGUGUGUGUGUUGUGUGGUCUGGUUAGUAAAAGGGGACCUUGAUUUCUGUGUUAUCUUUUUGGGAACUCUAAAAAGCCUUACUGCCUUUAGAUAGGAUUUUGAUUAAUUUCCCCCUCCUUUUUUAAAUGAAACAGAAUAUAAAGACAGUAGCUAAGUCAUGCAGUAGCUAAGUCACGCAGGAGUGGUACAACUUUGUGCUGCAAUAAUUGUGUGGCACUUUGCAUUGCUAAUCUUCUAUUUGUGUUGACGUCAAACAUGUUUGGAUCACAUCUGGAUUCAAACACUGCAUUUUAAAUGACAUCUGUCGAGCUCCAAUGGCACAUUGGCUACAGGAGUAGUUUUGAAAGGGAAAAUGAAUUGGCCACUUCUAUCAUGGCUUCUGUUUUAUCUUCCUGCAAAGAUUCUCAAGCAACUUGAAAAGAGUUUCCUGUUACAGAUAUGGGGGCUGGGUUUCAUAGAGGAGAAUUAUGCUAUUUGCUUGACGGGGCAAAGCUAAUACUGUAACAAGGUUGAAUCCCACUCUCUCUUCCUUUUAUGCAUGAUGUGAUAACAAUUAUGUGAACAAGGGAUCUUAAUGCCACUAUCUGUUAAUCUUCUCCAGCUUCUUUUCCUUUAAUGGCAGUUUGUAGGACGACGGUUUUAAAGAUAGUUUGUGGACGCUGCUCAUUAUUUCAUUUCCAAAUGUUCCUUUUGCUUUAAUCUGUGGAAGCUGAACCUGAAUUACCUACUUCAUUUCUGGAAAAGGUUUCUGUUUUAUCCCUUGUCUCCUCUCCUGUGGUUUGAAAAUAUAGCUGGAGCCUUUUCAAAACAUGUCCUGUGAUAACUCUCCUUGUAGAACUGAAGACACAUUAUGGGGCCCUCCUCCUUGUUCCUUUGGGCUUAGCAGCUUUGAGGAUUCUCGUGAGUGUACUUUUAAAAAAAUCUAUUCCCUUCUUUUUGUUAUAAUAGAGUAUGCCCUUGAGGAUAGCUAUAGCCUCCAUCAGUGGCUUUCUAGGGAUUCUUGAGAGCUAAUUUUUAUUAGAAAAUCCAAACAUCAUGCAGGAUCAUUGCUACUUCAGUUGUUGCUAUUCACUGUGCCUCUUGCCUUUGUUCAGAUCUCUUUUUCCAACCUCCUGCCAUGCAUGAAGAUUUGGGGUUGGGGGAAAACGCUUGUGACAGGAUGGUAUGAAUAAUAAUAAAAGUGUGGUGAUUAAAACAA